AUGGGCUUCCAUUUUAUGCCUACGGAAAAAGAAUUGGAUAUGUAUUUGAAACUUAAAGCUUCUAAUGGUUAUAUUCCACCUGGAAUUUUUACUAAUCUUGAUAUUUACGAAUAUGAACCUCAUCAACUAUCUGGGUUUGCUGAAAAACAUUGGGAUGGACGUAUGUAUUUUUUUACUUAUGUAAAAAUGAAAUUUGGUAACGGAAAUAAAAUUGCAAGAAAUUUACAUUCAGGAAAAGGUUAUUGGAAAUCUACACAAGCACGUAAAAAUAUAGAAGAAAAUGAUAAUACAAUUGGAACAAAAACUCCACUUACGUACUAUAAAUCAAGUCCAAAUAAUUCAAAAGCCAAAAAAACUUCUUGGCUUAUGACAGAGAUCAGAUUGCCUAUCAAUUCUCCAUUACUAAACAAUAAGUCGGAUUAUGAGUUAACACUUUGUGUGAUAUACUAUAAAAAGGGAAAGAAGAAGAAUGACAAUGACGAUAAUAACGAUGAUAAUGACGAUGAUAAUGACAAUGAUGAUAAUGAAAUUGAGGAUGAUACUGAGAAUGACGAUGAUCAAUUUUUUAAUAAUUUAUCGUCGUCAAACGAAUAUUUGUUGCAACAAUAUCAAGCACUUGUGGAUGUUACUGACAUUGCUUCCACUUCAACCAUGCAACCAAUUAGUUUUUCUCAUCAACUACCUUAUGGUGGUAUGGACAAUUUUGAUCAUAAUUAUUCAAAUAUACAAAAUCAUAAUUUGCAUGGAUAUGAUCCAAAUAUAGAUCCAUAUCUGAAUUAUGAUAAUUUUACUUAUAUAGGAGAUGAAAAUAUAGAUUCAAAUAGUAUUAUUGUUGAUCCAAUUGAUCAAAAUACAUUGGAAAUAUGUGUGGCUCCAGUUUCUCAAGAUGAUCAAAAACCAUCGAUUGAUAAUCAAGAUUAUGAUGAUCAUCAACAAUUCAAGAUGAAGAAGAUUAAAAGAUAG